UAUUAUCUAUGGUCAAACACAUAUGUCAUUUGCGAAUUGUUAUGAAAAUAAACUCAAAAAAUAAAACUUAAAAUUUUCGCUCAGAUUGUUUUUAAUAACUUCAUUUUCAUUUAUUUUUCUUUUGAUUAACAUUUAUAACUUUUUCUCAUAAAUACAAAGUGUUUUGCUCGAACGUUUGUGCGAGAGCAAUGUGUUUGGUUAAACCAUUUGUUUUUCUUUAGCCAAAUAUAUUUUGGUUGAUUUAUAAUGGAAGAAGUAAGGCAGCUGGUGCAGGAAGAAGGCAGAGAGGCGAGGAACCUCGUGGCUUUUCAUGUUGCCGUGGAUACUCCUGCUCGGGUGUCUCGCAAGCCACCUCGCGCCUUGCCUCCCGCCCGCCGCGCGCCUCCGCGGGCCACACGCCUCCGCUCCGCCUCGGCCGGUCGCGACAAACGCUCAGAACUUCGAGCUCGCUAUUGGGCAUUGUUGUUUGGAGAUUUGCAACGAGCUGUUGGUGAGAUUUACAAUACUGUUGAAGCUCACGAAAAUCUUAACGAGUGCCAAGAAGUUAUACUAGUUCUAGAGAACUACACGCGUGAUUUUAAGGCCUUGGGAGAAUGGUUCAGACUAAAAUGGGAAUACGACAAUACACCUCCACCACAGAGACCACAGAGCUUAGCAUGGGAGAUAAGAAAGACUGAUUUUGUAAGACCCGAAUCGAGGCGUACUUUUUCUGUUAAGACUUCGCCAUCAGUAUCAGGGAAAAAUAGUCCUUGUCUAUCGGGAUAUAACACGCCGAGUGGCAAGAAUAGCCCUAACUUAACCGGUAAAGCCAGCCCAGGCAGCGGGAAAAUCAGCCCUAGGAUAUCAUCUAACUCAAGUCCAAAAGCAACUGUUGAAUUUUUUAGUAAUAAAAUUGUUGCAUCUAAAAUAACAGCAAAACCUGAACCGAAAGUUGCCAAAGAAACUUCUCGAUUAUCUGAUAUCAAAGAAAAAGAUGUGACAUUGGAAAAUUCGAAAGAAAUAAAUGAUGACAUUAAAAUUGAAAAUAAAAUAUCAAAUAAUAAAGAAGAACAAAUAAAGGCAAUAACCGUCGAAAUUGGUACAGCGAAAGAAUAUCAAAAUGCUUGUCCAAAACAAGUAGUUGUUAAAUCACCAAAACAUGUUAAAACAAAAAUAACCAACAAUAAAAAAUCUGCAGAUGAUAUUUCUUGCCAGGCUAAAACAACUAUUACUCAGCUAGAUGCUAUGGAAAACGAGUUUUUAUAUAAACAACUAACUGAAAAUGAAGUAAGGAAUAAUAAUAUAAUUAACAAAGAUAUUGAGAAAGAAAACAUUAUAAAUAGCAAAAUUUCUGAUAUUGUUAAUAUAAAUGAUAAAAUUGAAAAAAUAAAGGGAGAAAAAGACGACUUAUUGACUAAAUCGCCUACUAAAUCCGAAGAUAAUUUUGCAGAUAUAUCGAACGAAAGUUCACCUAAAUUUAAUAUUGAAAAACCCCAAGAUAAAAAUGUUGAUAUAAAUAAAGUGCCAUUGAAAGCAAAUGAAAAUUCAGUGCACGAUUAUAGAAAUUUGAACGGUAACGCAGGAGAAUUGUUAACAAGUGACGCCAUUGGUUCAGAUAUUGAAAAAACUCAAUCAGAUCCAGUCAUAAACGAAUCAGAAAAUGAAAAGUUAAAACCCGAUGUUCAUAUAGGAAUAAUCAGUCAGAAUCUGAGUCCAUUAGUGGCUGAAAAAGUUGACGUUUGUAUUGAAGAUGAUAACGGAAAGGAAACACGAACAGAGGAGAUUCAAGAGAAGUCGAAACCCGUUAAAAUAGUAAACAGUAUUAAUUGUCCUGUUAUAAAAGAUACUCCUAAAAACGUAAAACUCAGUGGUGAAAAAAAGUUUGAUGAAACUAUUGGUGAAAUUAAUGAACCUACAAGAAACGUAACUGUUGAUAAUGUACAUAAAAAGAAUCAGAUUUUUACUACACCCAUAGAAAUGCAGAAUCAACCUCCGGAGACUGUUAUAAAUACUUGUGAUUCCUUAAAGAAAUUAGCAGAUUAUGAUUCAAAAGACCUCAUGCAAGAAAAAACUUUAAACAUGUCGAGUGAGGCAGAAAAAGAGAAAAAAACAACAACAAACUGCAAAGAAUUUACGAAAGAAGCAAUUGCUAUUGAAAAAGAUGAUUCUAAAAAAGAUCAAGAUUUGAAGAAGUUUGAUAUUAAAUCUAAUUUAGAGGCGAAACCAACUGCUAAGCCAGCUUAUUCGCAAGCAGCUGCAAAACCCAAAACAUCCACCCAACCAACAAAGGUGGAAGUGAAAACUCCAACACGAUUGGCUCGAAGUUCCACUGUAGUAGAAAUUCGGCCCACAACCGUACCUAAAACUCCACGAUCAUUCCAAAAAAAGAAUCAAACAAAUAAAUGCAGCUAUCCAUUCAAUUUAACGACUGGUCGUAGUAGCCUUUUUGAUGGUACAUCUAAUACAAAUAACAAAGGAGUUAUACCUAAACGAACAAUUAAUAGAAUUAGCCAAAAUAUGUCUUCUGCGGAUCCUAAAACUGUGACAAAUAAAGAAGUUAUUAAGAAACGUCCCCCAAGACCGAAUUCGCUAAAGAUUAAUGAAAAAACUGAUAAAAAAGAAAAGAGUUCUGCUUUAGAGAAAAAUAAAGAUAGCAAAGAUUUCAGCAGUUCUGAUACAGUUGUACCCCAAGGAGAUAUUAUGUCAAGAAUUGAAUCGAGUGAGAGCAUAAAAACUCUUGUGCCUGAAGAUCAUCACGUUUUGCAAGAUGUUGCGAAUUCCAUUGAAGUACUUAAUGUUGAUAGUAAUAAAAACGACAACGAAGGUUGGCUAACAGUUAAAUCUAGGCGACUGAGCCGUGAGUCUAAAAAGCACUUAAAGUCGCAUUGGAGCAAUAGAUUCCAUCAACCGUCAGCAACGACAAGUCUCCCUACUUUAAACAUGUUGGAAUCUCCUAAACAAGAGACAAAAAGUAUCGUCGUUUCUAAGGAGAAUAAAAUAGAUCGAGCUAAGUCCGAACAACCUCAACAAAUUGAAAAGCAACUUCAAAAAGUGGAGAAGAUUAAGCCCGAAAAGCUGGUUCCAUACGAAAUGUUGGUAAAUAAUGAAACUGUGAUUACCAGUGAAAACUUAGUUUCAAAUAGUAGCCUUGAUACGAACGAAAAACUGCCUCGAAAUGAGAAGCCAGCUUCAAGCAACAUUUUUGAGGGAACUCCGAAGUCCGAAAAGCUCGUGAAGAUUUCACCCAAACCGAAAUCUGAUAAUAAACUUAGAGAUGCGUCGAUGAUCAGACAGAAGUCUGAUGUAACUGGUUUAAGAACUAAAUCUUCGCGAAAUAAGGUGCUGACCAAAAGAGCGGAGAAAGUAAAGGAUUGUCAGAAAUGUGAUGAUACUUCUGAGUUAACGAAAAACCGUUUGCAUUCGUCUUUGGAAAGUCUAACAACCGCUUUAGCUAGAUCGCAAGAAAGUACGGCUGACGCUUUCGAUUUUGACAAGUGGAAGGCAGAAUUCAAAUCCACUUUCAAAUAUUUAGAAGACGAUGAUCAAAUGCCCGAUCAGAAUGAGAUAUUGAAAGCGGCUGAUCCUUCGGAAAUGUCCGAAAUAGCUGAGAUGACGUCACAAAUCGAAGAGAAUGAAAGGAUAAUCAGUUGGGCUUUAGAUUUCCAAUCGGAAGUUGAUCAGAGGAAAUUAUGUGAGGAGGAAGAUUUGUUGAAUAGGCAGAUCCUGGAACUACAACAGGUUUCUGAUAUUGAAAUAGACACUGAAACUGAUGAUACGGAAACGGAUGCAGAAAUCCUUUGUGAGGAUCCCCCAGCUCAAGUAUGCCCCACGGAAACUUUGGGAGCUCUAGCGGCAAGUCUAGAAGACCAAUAUGAAACUGCUCUCGCUGGUAUGUCUUGGGCAGAACGUGUCGACACUUUGGUGGUUUUAGAAGCAUUGGUUGCUAGGGACCCCGGAAGAGCACAACAACUGCAUGCUAAAUUGUCACAAGGGAUUAAACGCCGCGGGAGUUUACAGGAUGCUUUGCGAAGGCUUCAAGCUAAACAAGCUAGAGCUGAACGCCAAAGACUUGAAUAUCAGACAGAGCGUGCCAAAAAGAUACAUCAGUUGUUGGCACGCGUGGAAGAAGUUAAGGUGGCUAAAAACCAAUUGAUAGAGGAGAAGAGAAUGAGAAUGGAGAGGCGUCUUCAGAAGGCUGCAGAAAAUAGAGAUCAACAUCUAAAGGACAUAGUGCGCAAAGCACACGACGAAGAGGAAAAGCUACGCGAGAUCGCUUUCAUCAAGCAACUAGAGGCGGAGAACAGACGACACGAGUUCCUGGAGCAGUGUCGCACGCACACCACCAGACUGCGCCAGAUGAGAAGGGAUAGACUGCACAAAUUGGAACAAAAGGCAGCCCGCGAGGCGGCGGUGGGUGCGCGGCGCCAGGCGCUGGAGGUGGCGCGUCAGCAGCACGUGGCGAGCCUGCUGGAGCGGCGCAAGGAGCGUGACGCGCGGGUCGAGGAGCUCAAGGAGUUGAAGAAGCAGGAGAGAGACGACGCGGCGAGGGAGAGAGCAGAAGGAGUAAAAUCCCGUCUGUCAGCAUUAGCCGCGGCCGCGGAGUUGGAAGCUGACGCACUCCGGUCUCGAAUUCGAGACAAACAAGACGCUAGCCAGCAAAGGCUGGAAUCACAUCUACAGGCUAUUCGAGAAAAAGCCACUGGCCCAAGACAGGCGACAACAUCCGAAAGCCAAGACCAAAAUUCAAAAGAAGAAGAAGAGGAAACUCUUAGACUAGAUCAAGAGAGGAAAGAGAGGGAGAAACAGAAGAUGAUCAAUAAGAAGGCGAGGAAGCUGAAACAAAAACUAUUGCUCGCCGGUAACACAAACCCAAUUUUCGACGAUAACAUCACAACACUCGACACAUUCCUAAACCAAGCGACCAGCAAAGUAUACCGCGCUAUUAGCUCAAUACGACACAUUAUCGCCCCGUUGGUUGUCGAAACCAAAAUCGCCGACGGUAUCGAAGAUGAAACUGAAUGCUCCACCAAUGGUACCAGUAAAAAGAGGAAAAAAACUAAACCUAUGAACGGUGAUGUAAAAAAUGAACCAGAUAAGGAAAAUGUAACCAAAAAGAGAGAAACUAAUACAAAUACAGACUUUAGAAUAGAACCGAGUAGCAGUAAAGAGUGUGUAGAAGAAGUACCUAAACAACCGGAUGAGAAGGUUCUAGAAGUUUCCAAAGAGUCCAAAAAGAAGAGGAAGAAAAAGAAGAACGGUGAAGAUAAACUGACGUUAAACAUUGCCGGUUCUGUUUGUAGUUCUAUGAGCGACAUGAGUCGGACCAGCGGGAAGAGUGAAAGGAAAGCCAAAGUUGACCUGGAUUUACCGUUCUUGGAGAAACAAAUGAAUGAACUUUAUCGGUUGAUGGAGAGACAUGAAAAGAAUAAUAGGACUGAGAAGGCGGCAGUCCAAAGGUUCCAAGCGGUAAAAGUGAUAUCACAACUGCUCGCAGUUGCCGCUGAGAAAGAAGACCUGAACCCACCCAUAUCAGCCAAGUGUCUGACAACUGCCGUGACAUUGGUGACUCGCGUGAUGACGUCAUGCACGGCCACGGCAGCUCAAGUCCUCUCCACCAACACUUGCGUGCAUCAGGCGACGCUGCUGGCUAAGCAAAUGGAAAAGGAUCUACAAUCUGACGCGAGGGAGAUGGAGCUAGCAAAACAGCUUACCGACUGCAUAUCUGUGGCACUAGACUCCGUGCUCUGCGCUACCCGACUGCACGAGGACAACGGGACCAGACCUAAGGAGGAGUCAGAGAUCCUGGGCGAGUUGAGGAAUAGAGCUCACCAGCUUAUCAGCUACCUCUGUCUAAGCGGCGUCGUGACCAACGCAGAGAAUGCCGGGGAGGUUCGCGAAACCAUUCAGACACUACUGACGGUUUGCGCUGACCUUUGCCAUCCAUACCAAGCCGAUUUCGGCUCAGAGCGCGAACAUGCGAGGCAAGCACUUAAAACUGCAUUGGGCAAAAGCGUUUGCGGUUCCCGGGCAGAGUUCUGCAUGUUAUUUGCCAAGGGAGCAUCUUUAGGCCAAUGCGGAGAUUUCGUUAAAGCCGCCAGAACCUCGCAUUUGCUGAAGGCAAUAGCUGAAAUGGACCAUCACAUUGUACAAGAAGCGUUCGGCGAAGACGGCUGGCCUCUAGAAUUCAGAGCGGCAGUCGCAAGGCUUCUAUCUCAACACGCACCCAAUGAGAAGGAGGCGCCCAGGACUUCUGCUUUAGGGUUAAGCAAUCAGCGACUGGAUCAAACUCUCUCCGAGACUAUGGUGCUGGAUUUGAUUAUACUAGUCGGAUUCGUGGUUGUGAAUAACCCUCAACUACAGGAUACAAUCUGCGAGGGGUGGAGCGUGAUCAAGACGCUGUGCACUCUGCCCGCUAACUGGUUCGUCUCGGAAGCGCGAUGCAACGCGCUGUUGCCGACGCUCAUCACCCUGGCCGACCGGCCGCAGUCCGCAGCUGCUAUUGCCUCGGAAAUGAGCAUGAGUAUACUAGAAGAGUUCUUGGAAAACCCAGGUUAUCAGAAAAUAAAACUCAUAAAAGUUAUCAAACAGGGGCGAGCGAAGAAAAAUUCCGCUAAGAAGUAAUCCAGAGUAACAAUAUCCGAAACACCAAAAUCACUGUAUUAGUUGAUAUAACAUAACAACUAAAAUCGAAUUUAAGGCUAAGAAUAGAUAACCCAGGCUUAAUUAUUAAUGAGGCUUUAUGUCACAAAUGAAUUGCGAAAUGAAAUACAAUUACCUACCAUUUUUUACAAGUAAAAUGGCCUAUAUCUUGAUGUAAAAGAAAGUAUCAAGAAAAUGACAAUGUGACAUUCAUUAAAAUCCAAAAUAACAUGACACUUUGUUUUAUCAAUUAAAAACAUAGAGAACAAACGCUGUAAAUUGAUCUUUUACCUGUUUGAUAAUAAUAAAUUAAAUAUAAUUUCAAUAAAAAUAAAUUAUCACUGUACUUAAUGUUAAAACAAACAGUAACACAAAACGAAACGUAACUCUUUCAAUUUCUUGUACCGUAAGGCUGUGAGGAUGUACGGUGUUACAUUAUCAAUAUUAUAAGAAUAUUAUAAGAUUCACCAUAAAAGGAAAUAUUUAUUGUAUUGACAGUAUCGAUACAAAAUUGGCUUGAAUCCGAUGUUUUGUAUAUCCUACGAUACCUGAAUCACUAUACGGUAUUGAUUUUGUAACACUGCCCCAGUUAAGAAAUACAUUUAAGAUAAAUUGUCACGAAAACUUAAAUUAUACUGUCUAAUUGCGGUAUAUUUAUGGAAAGCUUAUAAUUAUUAUUAAAUACCAUUCAGGUUCAAAAUGUUGAAUUCUCAUAAUGUUGAAUUUGCAAAAUGUUGAGUCCUAAAAUGUUGACCUAAAAAAAGACUUACCGUCAAGGUUGUCAGUUUUAGACCAUUUUUUGACGGGGGAUACCUCAAAAACUAAACGAGAGCUGAAUAUCCAGCAGGGGGGGGGGGAGCUUGGGGUGCCUAUACCCCCCCGCCCCUCAAAUCCAAGGCAAAGAUAAAUUAUUUUGCAUAGUACUUGCAUUUAUCAAAUUUUUUGGUAAAUAUUCAACACAACUCCGAAAUUCAACAUUUUACAAAUUCAACAUUAUGAGAAUUCAACAUUUUGAACCUGAAUGUUAAAUACUUAUAUGAGUAUUAUCUUAUUGGCGUGUUGCAGUUUACUACAAGAAACGUCAAAUUAAUGUGUAAUUUGAUUCAACAGUUUACUUAUAUUUUUGUAAGAUUUUCUGAAUGAAAUCUCAUACAAAACAAGAUGUAUUAAAAUAUUUUGCUAGUCCUGAUGUAUGGCCCUGUGACCCUGAAAGUGUUUUCUUAUAUGCUAUAAAGUGUUUUGAAUAAUAUGUAUCAGGGAUAUAUGACUUUGUAACCAGUAUCAUACUAUUAUGUCUUGUGUAUAUGUACUUAUCAAUUUUUAUUUGCAUUACGAAUGUGCAAUAUUAUUAUUAUUUAUUAAUGUGAAAACCAUUAGCAUCGCCAUAUUAAUAAAAACGCUUAACUGAUUUUCAAAUAGGUCCAAUAAUUUUUCUUUAUUAACUACAUGUUAUAUAAAUAAACUUUAAGACUUUACGAGUUUAUAAAUUAGUUUCAUUUGUACUUAUGAAAGUAUGGGUGGAGUUUAGUAUUUUUGCAGUUAUUAUGCAUACAAAUUGAAAACUUUUAGAAAGAUGAAUUUAUUAUACAGACAGAAACUUAAUAAUGAAUAGGAUAGAUUAUUAUUUUCGUCAUACUUUUGGAUGAAUAUAAAUUAUAGAUAAAUGAUUGCUUUCGAAACAUAUAAAACUCAUACCUAGAUAAUAAUUAGAUGUUGUGAUAUACCUACAAUCUACAUAGCUAAAUUGUCGUAUCGAUGUUACUUAUUUUAUCGAAACAGUAUCAAUAAAGUAAAAUAUUUACCCAAAAAAAAAUGAAUAAAUAACCUUCAGAGAUCACUGAAUAAUAUUAAAUUAUUAUACUAUAAUAUUUAUCAAUAAUAAUAAAAAAAUAUGUGUAGUCUGUCUUACCUUAACUUUUUGAUGUCUCUAUACAUAUUUUUCUACGGAUGUAAAACCUUUAAAGUUUAAAGCAUGAGCAAACAUCAAUUAAAUUUUGCGUUGUAUUAGUUGAUUUUCUAUUCCAACAUACUUUAUUUCCAAUUAUCCAGUUAGUGAAUUUUAUAAUCGCACAAAUAUAUUUACUAUCUGGAAUAAAUACUAUUCUUCUAUAACAUUUUCAUGGACUCAAGAAGACAGCUAAUUCUUUAUAAGAUUGCGAUAUGCUUAUAUUUUUUGUGAGAAUAUUAUCAACAAUUAAUUUGCGAUUAUUGUUUUAUGUUGUUAAUGAAAUAUAUUGGUUAAGUAUUUAUUUAAAUUAUUUUAAGCUGGUGUGUCUAACGCAUGAAAUAUAUAUAAGGUGUGCUAGGAGUGUGCCUUGCAAAACACCUGAUGUUUAUUCGAGAAAAUUGAAAGGAAAAAUAAAUUAGGUAUUAAAUUAUAGGAAUGCUGUGAUAUAAAAGGAAAAUAGGCAUUAAAUUGUUGGAAAACAUUUUAUAUUUGAAUAAAAAAUUUGAUAAGGGCUGAUAACGAUAAUGCACACAAUCGAAAGCUUUAGUCAAGACGGUGAAGUUUUUUUUCCAAUUUUGUAAUUAUUUUGUGAUAAAUCUUUUUUUAUGAACUGUGAUGUAAGUAUAUUUAUUAGUUUUUGCUGCGAAUGAUGUAUAGUUGUUUUAGUUUUAGCAACAGUGAAUCGAGUUAAAUGUAUUGGAUCUGUGAUUUCUUUCUUUUAGCGUUUAAUAACUCUCGCGUAUAACUUUCAUUGACUAUUUUGAGUAAGCGAUAAAUAAACGGUUUGUGUAACAACAAA